AUGUCUCCAAUUGCGAAUCAGCAAGGGUUCCCAAAUCAACAGAAUAUGUCGCAGAAUAAUUUUGUCAGCCAGCAAAACGUUAUGCCUAUGACCCUCCCUCCGGCUCAGUACCCCAACGGACAAAAUGCUGCCGUGGUUACUUCAGCGGAAUACUCAGAGCCAGGAACCACGCAGCCUAGCGAGAUGAUGAUGCUGGAUCAGAUGGCCAUACCCGCAACUGUUCCUGUCUUCGGAGAGGGAGGCGAUAUGAACAAGUCACCCUACGUUGGGAUGCCGGAGGACUUUAUGGCUUACCUCUUCAAUUCCCCCAGUCAAGCCAUGACACCAGUGAUGGGCCCCAACUACACCAACUAUGCGGAAUUACAAGGAAAUCAAUUUAAUAUGAAUCUUCUGGGCACAGACAGCAAUUCACUUGGAUACUUUCCCAGCGCUCCUCAGCAGGUAAUGGCUGUCAACAACCUUCUUGAUCAACAAGUUCCGGAAGCCACGAUAUCUGAGGAAAAGAGUCAAGAACUAUUCGACUUUAUCAAAGAGCGCUUCCAUGACAACAAGCAUGCUCCACCCGAUCGUCAGUGGGCCGAUCUGCUUGAAGGUGAUCGAUCAAACGGCGAGCAUAUGUUGAGUAAGAGAAUGAUGCAGGCUUACAUCGGUUCUUAUUGGUAUCAUUUCAGCGAUCAGAUGCCUAUUCUUCACAAGCCUACUUUCUCUCCUGACAAGACACCGAACUUAUUGCUCCUCGCGAUGAUGGCCAUCGGAGGGGCUUGCCUCGACAGGACCCAUGGACACAAUGUGACGAGAGCAAGCGCCCAGCUCUCAAACUUUCUUGCCUGGCAUCUUCGUUGGGACAUCUUCAUGGACGUUAGCUUCAGGCCGCCUGCUAAACUGUGGAUCUUCCAGGCUUUGAUUCUCCUGGAAUUAUACGAAAAGAUGUUUGCGACCAGAGAGCUCCACGAACGGGCCCACAUUCACCAUGCGACCACUAUCACUCUCAUGCGACGAGGACGAUCUCUGAUCGGCAAAUCUGCACUGGACUCUCCGCCAAACCCUCGUGACGUAUCCAAUGGGUCCCGGCAGUCCUCCACGUCCAGCUCGACAGGAACAGCUGAUAAAUGGUGGGAGCACUGGGUCACAAACGAGGCGACCCGGCGUGCAGCAUUCGCGGCCUUCAUUGUCGAUUCCAUCCAUGCAACGAUGUUUGGUCAUUCUGCAGUCAUGGUGGCUCAUGAAAUGCGACUGCCUCUUCCUUGUGACGAGUCUAUGUGGCGAGCCGGAAGUAGUUCUGAAGUUUGGAGGAUUGAAUCAAACUUGAUGUCAAAUGGCAUCAAGCCAACUUCAUUCCUGGAGGGUCUCAAGAGAACUUUGAGUGGUCAGGAUGUCCACACGACAUCAUUCGGCAGAACAGUGCUCAUGACAGGCCUGUUGAGUGUCUCAUGGCACAUGCACCAGCGGGAUCUUCAGGUCAAUGUGCUGGGCGGUGGCAUCAUCCAGGCUCUUGGUGGUCGUGACCGGUGGCGGGCUACUCUCACUCGAGCAUACGACACUUGGAAAGCUGAUUUUGACAAGCAUCUUGAACGAAGCGAAGCCGCUGACCCAUAUCGAGACAACGCUACUAAGAGGCAGGAGUUCAACGUCGUAUUCGAAAGUCGCACGGUUUUGCAUCAUUUGGCACACAUGGCCAUGCAUGCUGAUAUCGUGGAUUGCCAAAUGUUUGCACGAGCAAAGCGUCUACUUGGUCGAACGAUUGGGCCUCAAGAGUUUAAUAGUGCUCAAAGGCGAAUCAAAGACCACUGGGCUCACUCCGCGAGGGCGAGAGAUGCAGCCUUUUACGCUAUCAAGUUCCUCUGCUCAGUGCUUGCUCCAGAUCAAGUAUCUGCAGCACAUGCGGGCGGAUACCACCUCGAUGAGCCUUACGACGCCCGCGACGAUGUUCUCCUGAAUCGGCCUUGGGUGAUGUACUUCGCUGCCCUGGUUGUGUGGAGUUAUGGAUUUGCGCUCGAGGGACCUUGUCCCAAUAUUCCGCUACCUACCACAAGGCACGAGAAGCUGCAGCAUAUGAGGAACUAUUUUGUCAAAUUCGGUGGCAUCGACAGUCCAGGUGCACUACAAGGUAGAUCAGGGGUCAACGCGAAUACAGCUCUUCUCAUGGUCCUCAAAGACACAUUUCAGACAACACGUUGGGAAUUGCUUCAUGAAGGAUCGGCUCUUUUAAGCAACUGCAUUAUCCUUAACCAAGGCGGAACAAUUGAUUAA